GGGAAGUGAGACUCUCGCUCCCGGGGAAGGAAGACAAUAUAAACAUUAAUACAGGAUAACCUCACCGCUGAAUUCCGACGGACCACAGCGGCAGGUGGACUUUCCUUCUUCCAAGGACGGUCAUGUUCUCCGACCUGAGCGCCCGGAAGGAGGGCUCCUCUCUGCUCCGCCGCCCGGCCUCCGAGGACCAGGGGCCGGUGUUCGAGCGGUCCUCCCUGGUCUUCACUCCCGGCUCCGAGCGCUUCAUAGUCGGGGAGAGGAGCUUCAGUCGCCAGUAUGCUCACAUCUACGCAGCUCGGCUCAUGGAGAUGAGGCCUCUGCUGUCAGAGAGAGCCCAGCAGAAGUGGGGAUCCGACGUGCUCAUCAGGAAUCUGUGUGAUCUCCAGAUGGGGGAGCAGUGUUGCAUUGUGGGCACCGUGUUCAAGCGCAUGGAGUUGCAGCCGUCUAUCCUUAAAGAGAUCAGUGAGGAGCACAACCUGCUGCCCCAGCCGGCACGAGCCAAAUACAUCAGUGACACAGAUGAGUUGAUUUUGGAAGACGAGCUGCAGAGAAUUAAGCUCGAGGGCAAAAUCGACAGAGACAAGUGUGUCACAGGUACCAUUAUUGCUAUAUAUGGAGCUGAGAAGAAUGAUGGGAAGUUCACAGUUGAGGACUUUUGCACAGCUGAUCUCCCUUUGCAGACAGCAAGGCCUGUACUCAGCUCAGACAGGUUUGUGCUCCUGGCCUCAGGACUUGGUCUUGGCAGUAUUAAUGCCGACAGUAUGCUGGGGCUUCAGCUGCUGGUUGACAUGGUAACUGGUCAGCUCGGUGACCAGGGGGAGCAGAGCGGGGCAGCAACCAUUUCCAGGGUCCUACUGGCUGGAAACCUCCUGAGCCAAAGCACCCAGGACAAGGAUGCAUCAACGAGGGCCAAAUACCUCACCAAGAAGACUCAGGCUAGCAGUGUGGACGCCAUCCGUCUGCUGGAUGAGCUGCUGCUUCAGCUCGUGGCCUCUGUUCCAGUGGAUGUAAUGCCGGGCCAAUAUGACCCCACCAACUACACCCUCCCACAGCAGCCUCUCCACCGCUGCAUGUUCCCCCUGUCUUCAGUGUACCCCACGCUACAGCUGGCAUCCAAUCCAUACCAGGCCAAAAUUGAUGGAAUUAGGUUCCUGGGCACAUCGGGACAGAACGUCUGUGACAUUCAGAGGUACAGCAGCAUGGACAAUCACUUGGAAAUACUGGAGGAAACUCUACGAUUCAGACAUCUGGCCCCUACGGCACCUGAUACUCUUGGUUGUUUCCCAUUUUACCAAAAAGACCCUUUCAUCUUGCAAGAGUGUCCCCAUGUUUACUUCAGUGGCAACGCCCCAAGCUAUGGAUCCAAGCUCAUCAAAGGUGCUGAUGGCCAGGAAGUCCUUUUGGUUACUGUCCCAGACUUCAGCAGCACCCAAACUGCGUGCCUGGUCAAUCUACGCACUCUGGAAUGUGAGCCAGUUAGCUUCUCUGCCUUCUCCGCUGAUGACGAUGAGGAAAGUGAGAUGAACAUCAGUCACUGAGGAAGGGUCCAUAUCCACACACACAGUACAGCAAACUGAGACUGAGACCUUAAGACACUAUUUGCGAACAGGCAGACUCAGUUUUCUUGACUAGAGGCUAAUCAAGUCCACAUGUGGCCAAUAGUGACAACCAGUGCUAAAAUGGUGCUGUCCAGUAUCAUAAAGGUGAAUGAAUUCCUAUUGAAAUUGUCUUAUGAGGUUGCUUUUAAUGUUUCCUUUUGUUUUUUCAUUAGUUUGUAAAAGGCAAACACAAAUCACUGUUCACAAAUAUGCUGAAUAAGGAGAACAAAAGCAUUUUGUAUAAACAAGCCUUUAUUUGAAAAAUCACUCUUCUAACCAUCUGUAUCUGAAGACACAUGAUAGAAGACCCUUCCCCCGCUCCCCUCCCUCUUGACCUUUUAAGCAAGUGUUCAUAAUGUAAAAAAUAUUUCUGCCAUGGAGGAAGAUACUGUAAAUAACUCAGCUCUGGUGAAAUUAAAACAAUGUCAUGAAUUUGUUUAAUGUGCAUCCACAAUAAACUUUUUUCUUUAUUAAAAAACAACUGAAUAAUGAGUCAGGAAAAAUGCAGU